AGCAGGAGGAUUGAAAAUGAAGGCAGUUUAAGGCCGUGGAAUGGUACAUUAACAGUGUGUAAUCUCCCACGACCCUACUGUGACGCACCUGGAUUGACACUUACUUCCCCCCCCCCCCCCUUCAGCUGAUGAGCCGCUUGCAAUAUCUGCCCCCACCAUCAGCACGUGGUGGGAAGCACAUGGUCUCCUGAGGCAGGAGCUUCCUCUUCUCUGUGCCCGCCCACCAGCGUCUUCCAGCCAAUGGGAAGCGAGCGCUGAGGUUGCUGGUGUCUCAACGUUCUGAGCCAGCUGGGGAGCAGUGGCUGGCUGGGGGGCUCCGAGCAGGGUUGGUGGCCUCAGACCAUCUGAGGCUGGUGAUUCAUGUGAUUUCCAGCACAUGCUGUGCGGAUGAUUUUCUGUCUAUUACAGACCACUGCUGGAGUGGGACCUUUGCAUAGAGAAAUCGACCCCUGUUUUGCUGCAGUGGCUCUCCCUGGUGAUCUGAGCGGGUCUUCCCAGUACACCAUGGCACGGCAUAGCAAGCUCCAGAAGCAAGUCUUAAGCUUGUACAGACAGUUCCUACGAGCCGGCAAAGAGAAGCCGGGGUUCUUACCUCGGAUACAAGCCGAGUUCCGGAAGAACGCCAGCAUCCCCCGCAUGGAUGUUAUGCACAUUGAGUAUCUCCUCCGUCGCGGCCAGAGGCAGCUGAAACAGCUCAGAGACGUUAACACCAAACAAAUGGGCACCUUUGUCAAAACUAAGCCCGAAGCGCGGUGACCCCUGCUGGCUGGUGCAGGCGGCUUUCGUGUACUGGGACAGUUAACGUGUGAAUUCAGAGAUGUGCCUUCCAGAUUCUCACAUCCUCAUGCAUCCCUUUUGGUUUGCAUGUGGGUCCGAUCACAGUGAAGGAAAACUAUCCAGUCGGUGCCAUUGUCCUACCUGGACUGGAGUUCACUGGGAUAAAUGAAGCCUGGGUUAGGUGUCUUUACACCAGGGAGCCACCCAACAGAGGGUGCAGUUGAGAAGCUGAUCUCUAUAAUUCUAAGAUUUUUAAUAAUUCAGGUGUGGACGGGUGAUUUGCAGGUGACGUUCUUGUUUCCAAUACCUGGGACAUAAUCUGUUCUCCUACCCCUGUUGUCUCUUCUAUUCCAUCCUGUAGCUAAAGUCAAACAGGCAGAUUACCCAGUAAAAUAAAAGAAAGGGACAGUGGUGGGUUGAAAUCCUUUUUCUGUCAUUUUUUUUUUAUUAUCCUUAGUGCCUAAAAGCUCCAGUCAUGGACCAGGCCUCCACUGCGCUAGGUGCUGUACAAACAGUGGAUCUAGGUGCUACAAUUCUUGAGUGUCCCACCGAAAUGGCUUCGAAGGAGCAGAAAGAGCCGAGGACCUGCCUUUUGAAAAUUGGGUUCCCUUAAGGUGUCUCAAGACGGGUGGCUCCCUCCCUGCAACCCCAAAUCACUAGCCACUUCUGAAAAUAAAGGCCUUUGGGCCAAGGCCUUUUCCAGGGUGUA